CUGCUAUGGCCGCUCGGCUGCAUGUGGCGUCAUCAGUCUGCGACUGACAGCAGUCCGAAUUUGGUUAUUUUUGAAGCGGUAGCUGAGCGGGUUAGGGAUGUGAAUCGUGUGGUGUGUUAUGGCCCAGUAUGGAGCGGGACCGAUUAUGGAAGCAGAGCCGUGUGUGGGGGAUGGUGUCCCCCCUGCUGCUCAGCCUAUCACAAAAGUGAACGGGGGUGGGGAGGCUGAGGACAGCGAAGCCCCAUGUGCGGAGCCUGCACUGUGCCGCAGAGUCCAGGCUCUGGAGGAGGAGCUGAGAAGUUGCCGGGAAGAGCUGUGCCGGAUACAGAGACAGCUGAGCCACAGCCAGAAACUCCACCAGACUGCAGAGAGCACCAACCAGGAGCUGAGGAGGAGGGUAGAAGAAUUAUGUAAAGAAAUCCAUGAGCGUAAUCAAUCAGAAAAGGCUGACAAGGAAGUGCAAACAGAUGAUUCCUCUGCUUGGUCAGAUUACUACAGCUACUAUUAUUCCUACUAUGAAAAUCACAACACAAGCACUUCCGCCAAUGUGGAUGCAAAUCAGGAAAGUCAGCCGGUUGAUGUGACCCCAGAAGCCACAACAGAUGCACAAGAACCCCCCAAAGCAGACAGCAGUCCAUGUGCAGGAGGAGAACAAGAAACAGACUAUGCCCAACAUGUUGCGGAAGAAGGAACAUCACUUGCUGAAAGCCUAAGAGCAACUGCAGAAGCUGCUUUGUCCCAAACCGGAUUUACCUAUGAUGAAAGCACUGGCAUGUACUAUGACCACAGUACUGGAUUCUACUAUGACUCAGAAUCUCAGCUAUAUUAUGAUCCCUCAACUGGAAUAUAUUACUACUGUGAUGUGGAGAGUGGGCGAUACCAGUUUCAUUCAAGAGUGGAUCUACAAUCCUAUACGGACACCCAAGCCAAGCCAAGCAAAGAAAAGAGAGUGAAGAAGAAAAAACGAGAGUCGGUCAGUGCACAGGAAGAGGACUGGGCUUCAGAGGAGAUGAGAGAAUCCUUCUCCUGUAGUACAGACCAUGAGAGAGUAUGUCCAAAUGAAAGGGAAGAGCCUUCUAGUGGAAACAAGAAGCUCAAGCUGAGCAGUCAGGUGGCAGAGUCCAGUACCAGGGACAGCUCCUCUUCUGUAGAGGACAGUGAACCAGAAGAGGGCGAGCUCACAGACUCUGAGAAGACAUCCAGCGAUGAAGAAAUAUCCAGUGCAGAUAGUUCCUCCACUCACAACUCUGACACUGAAGACACAGAGGAGAUCUGGCCUCCAUGUAUUCGGGUAAUCGUGGUUCGGUCACCGGUGCUUCAGAAAGGAUCCCUGUUCAUAAUUACAGCUGUAAAAAGUGCCACCAUUGGGAGGGAAAAGGACAUGGGGCAUACAAUCCGUAUCCCAGAGGUUGGCGUCAGUAAGUUUCAUGCAGAAGUCUACUUCGACCACGAUUUACAGAAUUAUGUUCUUGUUGAUCAAGGCAGCCAAAAUGGCACAGUCAUUAAUGGUAACCAGAUCCUACAACCUAAAACAGUGUGUGAACCCUACGUGCUACAUCAUGGAGAUGAGGUUAAAUUUGGGGAGACUGUCCUGUCCUUCCAUGUGCACCCUGGCAGUGAAACCUGUGAUGGAUGUGAGCCUGGGCAAGUCAGGGCACAUCUCCGUCUAAAUCAGAAAGAAGAGGGCUCAGUUGGCCCUGUCAUCAGUAAAGAAGGAAAGGAAGAGCUGAGACGACGUGGACUUAAACAAAUCAGAGAGAAGUACGGAUUGCAGGGUGUGGGCUAUGAAGACAACAAAGUUCUUAAGAAUCCCAAGUACAAAGACAGAGCAAGCAGACGGCGCAAUGUGGUGGGAAGUGAAGGAACCUUCCAGAGAGAUGACGCUUCAGCAUCUGUACAUGUGGAAAUCAAUGACAGUAAUAAAGGAAGGAAGAUGCUUGAGAAGAUGGGAUGGAAAAAAGGUGAAGGGCUGGGCAAGACUGGUGAUGGCAUGAGAGAUCCGAUUCAACUCCAGUUACAUAAGAAGCAGGCCGGUCUGGGGACACACAACCCUACCUCCAUUGAAGACAGGCAGAACCCAUCACACAACAAGAAGAAUUGGGAGAAAGCACGAGAGAGAUACGCAGAGAAUUUCCAGAAUGAUAACAAACCUAAAGCAAAGAAGGUCCCUUCCUGGGUCAAGAGCACACAGUGA